UGGACUCACUGGCCUCGCGGGAGUGGCGCUGCUGGAGGCCAGGCCGAGCCAUGGACAUGGAGCAGGUCAACGCCAUGGAUUUCGGCGACUUUGUGGACGUGUUUGGGAACGUCAUUGAGCGCUGUCCCCUGGUCGCUGCGGCCGUCUGGUCUCAGCGCCCUUUCGCGGACCCUGGCGACCUGGAGGCGCGCUUCUGUGCGUUUCUGGACGCGCUGCCCCAGGAGGGCCAAGAGGGCAUCCUCCGCUGCCACCCGGACCUGGCGGGCCGCGAGCUGCAGCGGGGCACGCUGACGGCCGAGUCGCAGCGCGAGCAGCGCGCCGCCGGCCUGCAGGGCCUGGCUGCGGCCGAGCGCGACCAUCUGGCCAUGCUCAACGCGCAGUACCGCGCGCGCUUCGGCUUCCCCUUCGUGCUGGCCGCGCGCCUCCGCGACCCGGCCUCGGUGGCCCGUGAGCUGGAGCGCCGGCUGCACUGCCCGCCGGCCCAGGAGCUGCGCACCGCCCUGGGCGAGGUGAAAACCAUCGGUCGCCUGCGCCUGGCCGACCUGCUGGGCACCGAGCCCGCCCGGCUGUAGCCCCCACCGGGCCGGCCUGCUCGCGCCCACAGGAGGAGAGGGGGCUGGAAGCCCUCGAACGACUCUAGCGCCCCUCAGUCCCUCCGCUGACCCACCCCACCCCAUCCCAUCCCCCCCGACGCGCGGCCAGAUGUGGGCGAGUGCUGCGUUCGCUUUGCGGCCCGUGCCUGCAACCUUCGUGGAGCCCAGUGCGUCGCCCUCUCGAGCCAGGGCCUCCCUCUUCUGCCCACAAGCCGGAAAACACAUCGCGGAUUCCCCAGCGCCUCUCUGGUUUUCUUUCGCCCGCCUCACUUGCGGCCUCGCGACCUGUGCUUGCGUGCCACUGGAGCCAGGGCAGGCUAGCGCCCGGGCAACGUCCGAGUGAAAGGCGUGGGCAGUGGAGAACCCCAGUGGAGGGCUGGGGCUGGAUGGGGGGAGUUGUCUCCCAAUACGGAAGGUCAGCCCAAGGGCAGAACGCGGCAGGCGGGACUGGGGGCACCACCAGCCAUUAAAAUAAUAACAUUC